AUGGGAUGCCUGGUGUCAACACCGAAAGAUACAGUAGGAAAUAGGAGGAGGCCCUCAAAUAUUGGGGAAGUUUCUGUCUAUGUUCCUGGUUUGCGAAUCCCUAAACCUGUUGAUUUCUCUCAGUCACUCGGUGAUCACUUAUCCAAGAGUUUAGUAGAACGCCUAUCUGCUUUAAGAACUCGUAUAGUUGUAAUGGCUGGCCAAGAAGGUCCUACAAUUACAAGAACAAGGAGAAAAACUGCUACCCAACAUGGUGGUUCAACAUUAGCUGAUCUUCAGCAGGCUCUCGAGGAUUACUUGCCUGUCCUUUUGGGAUUAAUGAAAGAUGGAAGCCAGCUACAACACAAGGUACAAUUUGUGUGGGUAAAUCAAGAGGAUGAUGCAGAGGAAACAGCUAUGUCUAAUGCAUGGUACGAGGUGCUGUCCAUCUUGCACUUAAUGGCAAUGCUAUCGUUCUCACAAGCUAAUUUGUUACUUCUUCCAAGAACAUCUGCUGAUGGUUAUCAGCCAAAAGUAACAGAAGAGAGUAGACGAGCUUCAAUUGAUAUUUUCAUAAAGGCAGCAGGAUACCUUGAUUGUGCUGUCCGACAUGUUCACCCACAGUUGCCUACUGAGCUCAAGAGAAACCUGCCAGUCGACCUAGCAGAAGGAGUUCUUCGGGCGCUUUGCCUACAAGCAUUAGGACAGGGUGUUGAUAUUCAACUUGGGAUGGCAAUUGAUAGCACAAAAGCUACUCUUGCAGUGAAGCGAAGGCUUGCAUGUGAAAUGGUGAAGUAUUGGCAGCAGGCUCAAGAUAACAUUAUGAACCUUCCAUUAUUAAAUGGUUGGGGUGAAAAGCAUCGGCUCUUUGUGAAGUGGAAAUAUGUUGAGGCAAAGGCUGCUGCAUAUUAUUAUCAUGGUUUGAUCCUUGACGAGGGUAACACCGAAAAAUUUCAUGGGAUGGCUGUAGCUGCUUUGCAAGCAGCAGAUGAGUAUUUUAAAGAAAGUAAGAAAGCAUGUGACGCAUUUCAUGCUGCUCCUCCUUUGUCGAGAAAUCCACCGCUCUGGGGAACCAUGAAAUAUCUAUCUGAAAAAAUUCCAAAAGAUACUUCGAGCAAAGUGAGGAUAAACCGUGACCUCUACUCACACGAAAAAAUCAUGGAGACAGCACCAACAUUGCCAGACUUUGCUUUGGCCCUGAAACCGGAUGAAUACCAACUUCCUCCGGUGGACCCGUCUUGGAACAUGGAGCACAUGAAUAAGGGACAGACUGGUUCCAACCAGCUCAGGAAUGACAGAAGAUAG